AUGAAUCAUAGGGAAAAUCGGUGUACAGAUUAUGACAUUUUCAUCACUUGGACUUUUCCAAAAGGAUUUGGAUUAAAAGUGAAAAUAGGAAGCUAUUUCCUUGCUUCCCACAGAUGCAACAACUUCACAUAUCUGAAGAUGUGCCUUGGGCCACAGGAGGAACUUCGAAAUCUCCAAAGACAUAAACUGACACAUACUGAAGAGAAACCUUAUGAAUGUAAUCUAUGUGAUAAAGCCUUUGCAAGAGCCAGUCACCUCCAAAUUCAUAAAAGAACACAUACAGGAGAGAAACCUUAUGAAUGUAAUCUAUGUAGUAAAGCCUUUGGAACACCCAGCUAUCUCAAAUAUCAUAAAAGAACACAUACUGGAGAGAAACCUUACAAAUGUAAUCAAUGUGUUAAAGCCUUUGCAGGUCACAGUGAUCUCCAAAGACAUAAACUGACACAUACUGGAGAAAAACCUUAUGAAUGUUAUCAAUGUUGUAAAGCCUUUGCAAGAGCCAGUCAUCUCCGAAUUCAUAAAAGAACACAUACUGGAGAGAAACCUUAUGAAUGUAACCAAUGUGGUAAAGUCUUUGCAAGACUCAGUCAUCUCCAAUAUCAUAAGAGAACACAU